CUUAUUUCCAUGUGAAAUGCGUAUUGUUUUUUAUGUUAGUUGAACACAGUGAAAAUUUUUAGAUGUCUACGAUAUAUGAUGCUUUUCCGAGAACAUUUAACAAUUGGAUUUCUUCAUAAGAUAGAUGGGACGGUAUUGGUUCCCCAUGCUAAUGGUGGGUCUUCUAAGUGGCACAGCGACCGCUGUAGUCGGCGUCGGGGUCUCCAGGGCGGUAUCAAACUUCAGGGAAGAGAACAAAGUUGUACCAAGAAAAGGGCCCAUUCCAAUGCAGGAUUACAAGAAGUCGAAGCCUGAAGACUACCGGAAGGAAAGAGCUUCAUAAAAAUCAUUGGCAUCAUACUAAAAUAAAAUGCUUAUGCAUUAUCUAGCUUUUAUUGACAGUAAAUAGUUUGUUUAAAACCAAGUGUUAAAAUAACCUGCCAACGUUAGGCCAAUAGUGUGGCGUUGAGGUAUCUUCAGUAAAAGUGAUAAUUUGAUGGAGUAUUUCGAAAAUUCCAACUUCUCACAGAUGUUUAUUGACUAAUAUAAUUUUAUUGAGAGGUAAAUUGUAUUUUAUUGUCAAGUAAUCUAUACAAUUUUCCACACUUAUAAUUGCCCAGCUAUACAUGUAGUAUUGCUAUUGUGACCAUAAUAUCAUAUUUACAGAUAAGAUAAGACCAAAUACAAUAUGUAAAUAAAAUUAAUAGAAAGUAGCAUGAAUAAAUACAUUAAAUAUAAG